AUGGCAGCUUCAGAACUCCAUGACAGGGCUCAAGAUGUAAAACGCUGUCAACUUUGCCUCGGAAAAGACAGAAAGUCGGUUGCAGAAACUGUGUGUAACACUUGUAAAGUUAAUCUAUGUAAGGAUUGUGUAGGUCAUCAUAUGAUUUCUAGUCCCAAUAUUAAACACGAUGUUGAUACUUUUGAAUUUAAAAAAAUUGAAAUCAUUCCAUCGUAUUGCAUUGUCCACCAGGAACAGAAAUGUGAAAUGUUCUGUGAACUAUGUGAAUCCCCAAUAUGUCAGAAAUGUCUAGCCUCUGGAUCUCAUGAAAAUCACGCUGUGUCGCGAAUUUCUGAAAUUUAUAGCUCCAAACUGGAGCUCAUCAGACAUGACUUAAAUGAACUUGAAACUAGUAUUGCACCUUUGUUUGAAUCAAUUCUCUCAGAAAUAGGAACGAUGUCAUCAAGCAUUGCAAAAAAACAUGUUGACAGACAACAAACUAUACAUGAACUUGGUAAAAAAUGUCACAAGUGUGUAGAUAAUGUCAUUGAAAAAUGUCUGAGUGAUUCCAGGAAGAUGGAAAAAGAGGAUAAUGAUUCAAUUCAGGGCUUGAAAUCAGAGUUCAGGAAUCGAAUCUCAUCAAUUCAAUCGAUAAUAAUUGAAAACCAGUCUACCAUUGUCUCGAAUGAUUCAUCCAAAAUUCUCAACUAUACUUCACAAAAUGGAAAAUUUAGAAUAAUUCCCUCUAGAUUUGAUUUGACAGUGCCAGAAUACAGACCCACAGAAUUUUUAGAGGAUGCAUUGAGCAGGAUAAUUGGAAACAUACCAGAAACAAGAAAAACUUGCAUUCAGGGACAGAUCCUAAGAGCUCCCCAACAUGUUCUUUCUUUAGAGAGACCGAUGAAACAUGUUCUUUCAAUUGAUUUGCCACAUAGAGUAAGAAAUAUAAAUAUUAAAAAUAUCAAUGACAUGUUUCUCAAAAUAGCUUGUGUUCCAAACACAGAUGAAUUCUAUGGCUGUGGUUUAAUUGGAAUCAUUAAACACAUGAACACAGAAGGAAAGUUGCUGGAGGAAAUCACCAGCGGAGGAUUGUUAGGUCCUAAAGAUUUGACAGUCACAAGGGAGGGACUACUGAUGUGCAGUGAUGUUGUUGAUAAGAAAAACAAGAACCUUGAUAUUAUUGUGAGUGACAGAAAUUCCAUAUUAGUGUUCAAAAAUGAAGGACAAUACAGGUUUACCUAUGAUAGAAAGCCUCAUACAAAGGAAUACAACAAACCCUUUACUCCAAGUGGAGUUACCACAGACAGUGGAAGGGAGAUUUGGGUCCCUGACAGGAAAUUAGGGGACAAUACCAAUCUCACCGGGAAUCAUGCCACUAAAGGUGGAAUUCUACGGUUCCCAGGUCUUUGGAACAACCAUGUGAGAUCCAACACAUAUGCCCCAAGUGUCAUCUCAGUAGCAGCUACAAACCAUGUACUAGUAGACAAAAAUGUGGACAUUUACUUAGCACCAACCACAACUCCUGAAACAGAUCACAGCUACAGCAGACCACCUGUAGACAGGUUUCUAACAACCCGUGAUGAUGUUGAAGAUAAAGGUACGCAGACAGACCUCACUUCCGAAGACAUGAACGAUACUCUCAGAGAAAAUGAACAAUUAAAGGCAAAACUCAAUGAUAAACAUUGCACUUCCCAGAAACCUCAUCAUUGA